AUGGCUCUGGGGGUCUUGAAGACGACAUGGGGCAGCGUGGACAUGGCCCUGACCAGCCUCUGCGCCGUCCUGCUGUGCUGCGGCCCCGGGCUGGGCGGCUGCCGCCGGGUGACCUUCUUCCCAGCCAAGUUAACUCUCCCUGCAGGAACCUCAGCCACCUUCUUCUGCAAUAUCUCCAUGGAGAAUGACUCUGGCUCAGAGUAUAGCCUGAAUUGGUACAAGGAGACCAACCACAGCCAAGCCAAAAAAAUUGCUGAGAUCAGCCGGAACAAUCCCCACAUGAAGACAGAGAAGUACCUGCUCACCAACCACACUCCUGCCUUCAAGAUUGAGAUCCUGAACCUUCACCAGAAUGACUCAGGCUCCUACUACUGUGGGCUGAUCACUUUCUUUGAACCUGAUAAAGUGAUGGAGAGCAACCGAUCCCACCUGGUGGUCACAGCAGCCCCUGAGAAGACAACAGCCACUGAUGAGCCUGAGAUGGAUGAAGACAACCCCCCGGACCACGUCAAGGCCAUGCUCCUAGGCAUCCUGCUGUUGUGUGGGGUGGUUGUGCUGCUAAUCUUUGGCUGCUUCAUCGUCACGUGCAGGAGAGGAGAUGUGCAGAAACCACCAAGUGAAAACGCGCCAGCGAAGGAAGAGAAGCCCCCCAUGGUGUCCGUGUCCACCGUGGACUACGGUGUGCUGGAGUUUCAGUGCCCCUAUGUGCCUGCUGAGACACGGCCAGUUGACCAGACUGAAUAUGCCACCAUCAUCUUCCCAGAGGAGAAACCCAUCACACCUGAGCGGGGGAAGAAACACCAGGCUGAGAGGACUUGGCAGCUGCAGUCACAGCCCUGCUGA